AACAAUUUUGGAUAGCACUGAAUGAGCACUUUCAGGUCAGAUAUUGAAAUUAGUGAAGAUGGAGGAAAUGAGGUAUGCUGGUGACUAGUAUACCCUCCCUAAUCUAAUUUGUUCAGUGUGGUUGACUCUCGAGCCGGUGUGGGAAAAUAUUUCUGUAAGACCUGAGGAGCCACACAGUCCCUCAUUAAAAUUACGUUGUGUGCAAUUUCACACAUGCUACACAUCCAGGUUUUCCAGGCUGCUUUCGUAUGCAGAGACACAGUGUAGAAAGUUUAGCUUUAUCAGGGACUCAAUCAUUUCUCCUCAGUCAUGCAGAGGCUUAUGACAACUUACGAGACUUUACCUUUGAUAAAGGUUUCUUUUUCCUCUAAUAGUGUCAGUAUCAACAGUCAGAGGAAGAAAUCAAAACUGUGGAGUUCCAUUCUCAAGAAGAUCCCUCACAUGGCACUGUGCAAACUCUUUCCUUUGGUUCUAGUCGGGGUUGUGGUGUUUGCUGUGAGUGGGAUCUUUGGAGAUCCCCUGUUUGAGUGCCUCCAAGACACUGACUACAGUGAGCUUCUCAACAUUGUGGAUAAAGGUCUUCCGGCCACUAAGACACCUCGUCAUGUAGCAAUCAUCGGCGGGGGCAUCGCUGGACUGACCGCUGCCAAGUUUUUAGAAGAUGCCGGACAUAAGGUGACCAUAAUAGAAGCCAGUAACCGUAUUGGAGGACGUGUGGAGACCUUCAGGAACAAUAGAGAAGGCUGGUAUGCAGAAGUGGGUGCCAUGAGGAUCCCUAGCUUUCAUAAAAUUCUGCUUUCCUUUGCCUCAAAAUUACAAAUUUCCCUAAACCACUUCAUCCAAGAUGACAUCAACACCUACUAUUUGGUAAAUGGAGUGUUACAGAAAACCUAUGCUGUGGAAAACAACCCUGGUGUGCUUAACUACAGCUUAAAUGAAAGGGAAAGGGGGCAGUCAGCAGCUCAACUCUUCAGUCAGACACUCUGGAAGGUGAAGGAUGACCUGAAGGCAAUGGGCUGCAGUGCCAUGUUGGAUAAAUAUGAUGCAUACACAGUGAAGGAAUAUCUGGUGAAGGAGGGCAACCUGAGUCGUGGUGCUUUGAGGAUGAUCGGGGACAUCCUGAAUGAAAACAGCCUCUUCUACACAUCACUGAUAGAGAUGCUGUACAUACAGUCAGACAUCAAUGACAACACUGAGUACUACGAAGUGACCGAUGGUUUUGACCACCUUCCAAAGGCUUUCUAUCAGGUGUUAAAUGCCACGAUCCUCCUCAACUCCAAGGUUAAACUAAUCGAUCAAACAGACGGCACCAAUGUGACAGUAACAUACCAGGACUGGCGUAAUUCAGGCGCCCUGACCAACCUAACAGUGGACUAUGCCCUGGUGACGGCCACAGCCAAGGCGACCGUCUUCAUUGACUUCCAGCCCCCUCUCUCUGGGAACAAGAUGGAGGCCCUGCGCUCAGUUCAUUAUGCCAGCUCCACCAAGGUGGUACUCAGCUUCAGGGAGCGCUUCUGGGAGAAAGAGGGUAUCCGAGGAGGGAAGAGCAUCACAGACCGACCAUCUCGCUUCAUCUACUACCCCAGUCACAGCUUCCACGGUACAGCUGCGGGGGCCCUCCUGGCGUCCUACACCUGCUCUGACGAUUCCACUCUCUUCCAAGGAAUGAGCGAAGAGGAGCUGAUGGCCGUGGUCCUGGAGGACUUGGUGAAGAUCCACGGAGAGUACAUCAGGCCUCAGUGGACAGGGGGGAUGGUGAAGAAGUGGGGCUUAGAUCCUUACAGUCUGGGAGCCUUCGCCCUGUUUACACCCUACCAGCAGGAACACUACGCCAGAGACCUGUUCCAGAGUGAGGGACGGGUGCACUUUGCAGGAGAACACACAGCCUUGCCCCAUGGGUGGAUUGAAACUGCAAUGAAGUCUGCACUCAGGGCAGCUAAAAAUAUUAACAGCCUUACAGUUUAGUUAUAUAUGCAAUUAUUUUGUUGUGUUCCUCCAUAUAUAAAUAUACAUAGGUUUAGUAGUACAUCUUGUGAACUUGUCCCAUGUCUUGCCUGUUGUCAGAUAGUAUAGUCAGGUCUGCAUAGCCAGGGUAUUUAUGAAAUAUUUACUUGUACUUUAACUACUUCACAUUUUUAUUAACUUGUACUGCCACUUUUAAUAUCCUAUCAAGGCAUCUUCAUGAUUUUGUUUGUCUGCUCUGCAUGUUUGCAUAUAUGUAUCAAGAAAAUGGCUAUAAUCAGUGUUGCUUGGCUGUGAUUUGUUGCUUGCUUGCAUGGCUACGUGUACUGAAUGUGGAUACUGGAUAAUGUACUAAUGUCUUGCUGCUUCCUGUUGCUCGGCAUGGCUUCUUGAGAAUUUUUAUUUUGUUGCUGUUGGUGUCUUUUAACCCGUACUGAUGUCUGCUGUUUCCUGGUGCUCUGGUCUCAAAACAUCUCGCCAAAGGACUACAGUUAACAGCUAACAAUACCACUUUUACAGAAAUUUUGAUUAAUGUGUGUUAUCCUUAUAGAUAAAAUUAAUGAAAUGAAUACUGGUGUAUUAGUGCCCCUCUAAUACAAUGUAUAUUUUUGUUUUAUAUGCAUAUUUAUUGAUUCAGUUAUGUUUUCGGUAUUUCUUUUGAUCGUAGGACUUGGACUUGUCUAUUUACUCCAUAAACUGACAUUCUGAUCAGACCACAGAAUUUACACACAUUAGCAUAAAUACAAAUUUAAUUAUUAUCCCCAUGGUCAUCAUUUGCAGGCCUUUACUGUUUCAGGAUAUUCUGUGAUUCUAACAGUGAAUUACAACUGGAACUUAACAAUUAUUUUCAGCACUGAUAAAUCUGCUGAUUGUUUGUCUAUGAAUGUCAGAAAAUAGUGAAAAACGCCCAUCAGAUUUUUGCAGAGUCCAAGGUGAAAUGCAAGUUGCUUGUUUUGUCGAACCAAGAGUCCAAAAUGCCCAAAUAUCAAUACAUUUUAAUCAAUCAAUUUUUAUUUGUCAAAUGAAAUCAUACAAGGUACAAUUCCAGUGAAAUGUAAUCCGAGUGGGGAUUUUCAGUACACUGACAUUUAAGACACUGAAAAGCAGCAAAUCCUCACAUUUGAGAAGCUGGAACCUUCAAACGCAUUUUUGCUUGAAAAGUUACUCAAAUGAUUAAUUAGUUAUCGAUUAAUUGUCUAAUCAAUUCAACUCUACACUGAAUACUUAUGUGAUUGUGUAUAUAAGAAGCAUUACGAAAUACUUGUUUUGAAAAACCCUGAUGAAUGGAGUUCCUGAUGGUACAUUUCUGUGUUUUAUUCCAUUACAGCUAUUUUAUAUUUCAGUUACUUCAUUUUACUUUUAGGUUGAACAAGCAAGUAAUAUAUUAUUAAAAUAUUAUAAUAAUGUACUUUCUUUUAAUGGUCAGAUAUUUGGAACUAAAAGCUUGUGUAAAAAGAGAAAAUGUGUAAAUAUCUAAGAUAAAACAAGUUUUCUUACAUACUGACAACAGACUUCCAUUUUGUAGAUUUUUUUCCCCCAGGAAUCCAUAUGGAAAGACUAUUGUUGUAUUAGUACUGACUUUUUCUCAUACUGGACUUUAAAAUAUAGUUCAAAAACAUGUCGUGCAAAUGCAUCUGCCAAGUGUUUCUACCUGUUAUAUAUUUGAUAUUGAUUCUUUACAAUAAAUCUCACAAAGCCAA